AUGAUAAUUACAAAAAAGAAGGCAGAAGUUGAAGCAACAACCAAAAAGACAACAGAAGCAGAAGAUGAACCAACCCCCAAGAAGACAAAGAUAGAUAAGAAGUCCAGCACAGCCAGUACAGAUCUACCUGAUGAUGUAGAUACUUCGUUCCCAACACAGAUUAACCCUGAUGCUAAAACAAAGGAUGGAAGGAAAUUUACCAAGACUAUUGUAUCGUGGAAUGUUAAUGGUGUCAGGGCUUGGUUAAAGAAAGAUGGUAUAGAUUAUUUACAGAAGUAUAAACCAGACAUAUUUUGUAUCCAGGAGACGAAAUGUUCACAGGAGAAACUCCCUGCUACACUCAAAGUCCCAGACUACCAUUCUUAUUUCUCCUCAGGGGACACUGAGGGGUACGCUGGGACGGCUCUAUACUCUAAAGAAAAACCAAUCAAUGUUACGUAUGGAAUGGGUAUAAAGAAGCUAGAUGACGAAGGACGACUAAUUACAGCUGAAUAUGAUACAUUUUACUUAGUGGGAGCUUAUGUUCCUAAUUCUGGUAAAGGCCUUGUCAGACUGAAAUACAGAACUAAGGAAUGGGAUGUAGCAUUCAGAGACUAUAUGAAAGGGUUAGAUGCUAAGAAGCCAGUUAUAUAUUGUGGAGAUUUAAAUGUAGCUCACCAGGAAACAGAUCUCAAGAAUCCAAAGACAAACAGAAACAAAACCCCAGGUUUCCAUGACGACGAGAGGCAAGGAUUUACAGACUUGUUAGCUGAGGGAUUCUUUGACUCUUUCAGAGAAUUGUACCCUAAUGCCCGGGAAUGUUGGUCCUUCUGGACAUAUAUGAUGAAUGCAAGAGCUAAAAAUGUGGGAUGGAGGUUGGACUACUUUGUGUUAUCAGACAGAUUAAAGAAAGAUUUGUGUGAGCAUGCUAUACAACAGGAUGUCAUGGGGAGUGAUCAUUGUCCUAUUGUCCUACAGAUGGCGCUCUAAAGUCAAAAGUCAAGCAGUAAUUUUGUGAAUGAAGUGCAAAAUGUUAGAAUGAAAUGUUGUACAAAUGUAGAACCUUUUUUUUCAAUAGAAAUAGUAAAAAUUAUUAUGAAUGACAUAUUGUGUUGUGUAUGAAAUUUAAAUGAGUUUGACAUUUUCAAAUAUUAGACCAAAAACUAAAUACGAAAUAAGUUGUCGUCUGCUAGCCAAAUAUUAUAUCACUGCAAGAUGUUUGUGCACAGAUUAUUUUAUUUUUAAAACAAAUGUUUAACACGAAAGCCUGCAGUAGGGUUGGUUUUUAUAAAUCUUUCAAAUUUAUUUUUAUUGACCAAUAUAAAAUUGUUUUUAAGAUUUUCGUCAUGUUUUUAUUGAAAUUUGUUUUUUACAUAAUAAUAAUGGUGUUUUUCCAUAAAACAUGCAUGGUUCAUAAUACAUUCACUUUAAAUUUUCUUCUUGCAGUUGAUUAAUAAAUGUAGACUUCAUAGUCUGUUUAUUUUAGAUUUUAUAGAUAUGGUCUAGAUAAGAUAUACUACACACAAUUCUUAACAGUGCAAUACAUUUUGACUUUUAAACAGUGAUUAAGAAGACUCCUAGAUGAGUUGCAUUUCAACGAACUUAUUUGAAAAAAUUCUGUAUAUUUACUAAACUCUUUAGGAAUUUGAGAAUAUUUCUGUAUCAUAAACAUGACUCACAGGUUAAAAUUUAAGAAAUUUUCUUGAACACAAUAGAUCAUAAAUAUACAUGACAAAGGUUAAUACACUUUAGUGUUAUCAUCAUAGAAUAAACUUUUAUUGUGAAUCUGAAUGUAAUGUAGAUCAUUUUGUAGAUUUUUCAUUAAACUUCAUCAUUUGUUUUC